AUGCUGAGGCGCCGACAGACACGAGCCAAUACCGGAUUGACGUUCAGAACAGUGGAUGUCGCUCCUUCACGACCAAACUGGCAUCCAGGACAGGAGCCGGGGCUCGACCCAUCUAAACCGAAUGGCGGACGACCCCAGACGCCAAAUCUCCACGAAGAAUGUCAGAUCACCGUUGUGGACUUCAGCGAGGAUAACAUCGAUGUCCACGACUUUGACAAUGCUGGACUUAUCGCUUUCAUAGCCAAGCCACAAGAGAGCUGGAUCAAAUGCAGAUGGAUCAAUGUGAAUGGGCUGAGUUGGGAUGUCAUACAGGCAUUGGGACAACAGAAGAAGCUUCACAGGUUGGCGAUUGAGGAUCUCACUAAUACUGAUAAUCGAACAAAGGCCGAUUGGUAUACUGAUCACACGUACAUGGUCAUGACACUUCAGAAAUUGGUCCAUCUUCACGACGACGACGACGACGACGACGACAGCGAUUCGGAGUAUGAGGUUGAUAGCCUUGGUGGCACCUGGAAAUCCAAACGUGGACGAUUCUCGAAAGCCUUCCAUAAGAUGUUCUCCAAGUCGGCUCCGAAGAACAAAUACGGCGAUGGGCAAAGGAGAGACAGCACGGCAGCGGGCAUUAGUCACACGAAUGGUUUUGUGACUGGGCAUACUGAUGGGGUAUCUACUGCGCCCAUGAAAAAGCUGAGAACUCUUCAAGGAUAUCACGGCGGCGUGAAUCAAGAGCGGGUAGAAUAUAUGGAGAAACAAUCGCCAUUGACGAAGAGAGGCUGGGCUGUCAGUGCUGAGCAGGUGUCAAUAUUUCUGACUGCUGACAAUACGGUCAUUUCGUUCUUUCAAUCAUCUGCUGACGAUAUCGAACUCCCCAUCCUUCAUCGCCUGGCUACCCCGGAUACUAUUCUAAGACGGUCUUGUGAUGCUUCUAUGAUGGUCCAAGCUGUGAUCGAUGCCAUCAUAGAUCUAGCCAUUCCUGUCACAACUGCUUACCAGGACGUCCUCGGCGAUCUUGAACUCGACGUCCUGACCGAACCAAGCAUCAAGCAUACGACCGCGCUGUAUGUUGUCACCAGCGAAAUUGCGAUGAUGCGCAAUUUCAUCAAUCCUAUAGCUAGUCUGAUCAAUGCACUUCGGGACCACAAGAGUGCUGCUAUCAUGACCGACGUUGGCGGUCGAGGCCAUACGGCGACAACCUCUUCUUCUGGAUUGAAGAUAAGCCCGAUGGCACAAACCUAUCUGGGAGAUGUGGAAGAUCAUAUCCUUUUAAUGACGGAAUCGUUGGAUCAGAUGCGAAGAUCUUGCGACAACAUGAUUGACCUCAUUUUCAACACAAUCUCCGCUUAUCAAAAUGAAUCUAUGAAGCAACUUACUGUUGUAACUAUCAUCUUCCUCCCAAUGUCCUUCUUGACUGGAUAUUUUGGAAUGAAUUUCAAAGAUUUUUGGGGAAUACAACACAGUGAUGUGUUUUUCUGGCAGAUUGCAAUCCCGGUCGCCUCUGUAGUGAUCCUUUUCUUGAUGAGGGAUAUGCUGAAAUGGUGGUUCAUCAAGGUGAUGCAAAGGCGAGGCAUCUCCCGAAGCAGGAAGGGGAGACUCAACCAAGAAGCCAAGGCCAGGAGAAACCAAUAA